UUGCACUGUAGAAAGCCUUUGACCUGCAGAAGUAGACUUUUUCAAAUACAGUUAUUUUUAAAAAUCUGUUUCACUAUUAGCAUUACAAAGACUUUGGCACGGUUUACAUCUUUCUCUUCAGCCGCAUACCCUCAAGAUCAAACUGAUUGAUCGAGUAUAUGGUGCCAUAACUGCUUAGUAGCAGUGUUUUAAAAAAAAAAAAGUAUAUGUAUGCAGCACAUGAGUGUAUAUAUGUGCAUGCUCACCUGCAGUUUUUGUGGGGUAGUGUCUGGGUUUCUCUCCUGAGGAAGCUAGAAUAAAGGAUUUGGAUUUUGUGUCUAUGCAACUUGCUAGAAUUCUGUGUGCCUGGAAAAAAAAAAGGAAGGAUUUUGGUAUUGCUGUCCAGUGCAGCUUCUGUUGCUUGUCAGCUGUUACAAAUCAAUCUCGUGUAGAGGUAGGAAAUGAGCGGUGCAGUGAUGCUUGCUGCUGUGCAUUGCUGUGCUGGGUCGUGUUGAUGUACUCCCUGCAAAGAGUCAGCAGAAAUGCCUGUGUUCUUAGCGACAGCUCGUUGUUUGUGUAGGGUGAGAUGUUUGUGGUUCACCUCCGCUACAGUAUGUAAGUCCACCAUGUGUUUGACUUUGAUUUUGGAUUCUCAUUUAGUCAUUGCAUUUGCACAGCAUUUUACAGGUGUCAUGAAAUAGAGGCUCUCUCCAAAAUAAAGUAAGCAGAAGAAACGUUUCAGGCAACGUGAUCUUGUCUUUAAGAUGAUCAGAGUAUCAGUUCUGCAGUGUUAACUCCAAAGUUAGAUUUGUGCAUUUGGUGUUUGCCCGAUCAGCAAGUGAAGCCCAGAGCUCAGCUCUCAGAGCUAGCACGAUGACGCGGGGUGGAUAAAGCCUCCGGUGUUCUCUCUGUAGAGCAUCAUGCCUCCAGUGGGGCAGCACCACACAGCCCGCUGCAGGCUGCUGGUCAGCCAGAUUGCCUGACCUCUGAAACUGUGGCUUUGAAGUGAAGAAACAAGGGUCCUUCAAAGAAGUGAAGCUGAAUUGUCGCACAGAAUUUAGUAAGAUUCUCAUCUGUAUCAAAACCAGCCUCACGUGCAAAUCAAAACUUCGCGUUGUUGCACUGUGCGAGCAAUGCUGUAAGCUGUGCCAGGAAUGCUCCCUUGUUGUGGCAGUGUAAGAGGUGAAGGUAGAAUCAGAGCAAAAACAGUCACCUGAGGACUUUGCUGUUGCUUUGAAUGACAGCAGGCAUCCCGUUGCUUCUAUGAAACAGCUUCUCGGAGGUGGCUUAUGCCACGAGAAUUAGUGGGUCACUAGGAAUUUUAGUUAGACCAGGGCGUAACUGGAAGCUCAGGGAGUGCUUGCUGUGUGUGUGGUGGGCAGCCUUUGUUGUGUUUGGGCUGCUGGACUUACUCUACAAUUAAACAGUAUGUAGGCAAAUGCCCUUUUCAGGCUGGUAUAUGCCUUUGGGAGGAAUGGCAAUCGAUGUGUUACUGAUAAAAGAUGGAGUGUUUGGGGGCGCUGCUUGGUUGGCUGCUUUAGAGAAGCGCUCGUCUUGUGAAGGGAGUGGGAAGUGGUUCUGUGGCUUGUGUGGAUGCAGUGGAUGCUUUGUGGGAGCCCCACGACUGGUCAGCAAUUAUGUGGGUGCCUUCAGUUGCUGGGAAUUGAGCUCAGUAACCUGGUGGUUUCCCCCGUCUGAUUGCAUAGUUUUUACUUCUUAUUGGAAUGAAUCUUAAAGCUUGGUUUAAACAUUUUUCUUUUUUUUGUGUGGUUGUGCUUACACAUGAAUUCGCUUUGCUUACGUGCGUGAUGAUCAUAGAUGACUUGUACCAUUGUGGUACAGUCAGUCUUGGUGAGUCCACCUUUAUUUCAGACUGGUUGGAAUUGACAGGCCUAAUUCCAUUUCAGAUAUGUGUUUUAAUGAGAUCAGAGGUGAAUUAGAUGCAUUAUGUUUGCACCUGAGUAUAUUGAUUGUAUGUCAAAAUACAGUCAUGUGAAAAACACCAACUUCUUUGUGAUUGGAAAGGGUGGGAAUUCCAGAUAAAGGUAGCACUGAAAUCCCAGGCUGGGAAGGAGAAUGAGAUGAGCAGUUUUACUGGAAAGCCUGACAUUCUGCCUUUUAAAGUAUAAAAAUAUCUACUUUCUUUCAGUUGCAGAUAUCCCACAAAGAAUAGCUUAAGAUAGUUUUCUUUUUCUGAAGUUCCAUGAAUUUCCAGUAUCGGCGUGCAGAAUGUGUGCGCACGUGGCCAAACAGGGAAAGCCCGCCCUGUCAGUCUGCACCUCACCGCCGGUAAUCCGUGGUUAGCCUUGACGCAGUUCUCGUGUGACUGUGAGGUCCCUGUUAACUGGUAGAAGCCUGGAGUGUUUGGGGCAGAGGGACUGUGUGUGGUACCACAGGGGAAGCAGCAUUUCCAUCUGUGCGGGUUAUUCUUAUUAGCUGUUCUAGUGCUACCUGUACACGGUGUAUUCUGGGCUAUGGGCUUGAACAUCUGGCGCAUGAUGUGUGAAAGGAACAGUUUAAAAUUAUUUUUAGAAGUCAGAAAACUGCUUUACUACUUUUCAUGGCAGAACAUUUAGGGACUAAUCAUAGGGGGUUUGACAGUUGCUCAAAGCAGCCAAGUGCUGCUUUCCCAGCGAUGAUGUAGCUCCCUGAAAACUUAGUGAAGUUCGAAGGUAGGAAAGGAAGAUCUGUGAAUUUCAACUCCUUUCAUUUGGAUCUGUGAAAUAAUCUCACGCAAACUUCACUGCAUUGUGCAUUUCCUUUUAAUGUUAUAUUUGAGGGCGUAGGCUUUUCCAUAUGGCCAUCUUUAGAAACCUGCCUUAGAGUGGGCAGGUAGAUGAACUGCCUUAUUGAACACCCUGUACUCCGGAGAAGUGGCUUCUGUGCUCGCUUCUCUGACUGCUGGGGAGCUGCUGGAGAAUAGCUAGCUAAUCCUCAGAGCUUGACAGGGAGUGUGUGAAUACCAUGCUUGCCUUUAAACAGCAGUGGGGGGAAAAAAAAGCAGCAUCGUUUGCUGUAAUUUUUUUUUUUUUUUUUAAGAACCCCAGUAGGAAGGAAAAGCUUCUGGCCAUUCCUUAUUUCAUGAAUUUGCAAAGUAUGGUUAAGAGAAGAUGAACUCAGAAUGUUCUUGACUGAAAAAAUGUAGAGGGGCAGAAUUUCAGAUUUCCUUGUUCAUCUCAAGGCUGCGAGUGUUUCCUCUGUGUAUAUAUGCAAUACUAUUUUGCUUUAGAUUCCUUACUUUCCAGACCAUGCCAAAAUGAAACAAGAAGUGAGGAUUUUGACCAGGAAUAUACAAGUUGCAUUUGUGAGAUAGUUUUUAUUAUUUUCUUCCAUAUCCCUUUUGUUUGGUUUGUAGGAGAUAUUUCCAUGCUAAUUGAGUAUGCUCUUUCAGUUUGGUAGUGUUCAAUACUUACUUCAAUUACAAAAAAAGCAUGUGUACUAUUAGAAUAAUUGUCUGAAGAAGCUGGCUUCUGGCCUAAUAGCAGCUAGUUCUGGCUUAGCCCAUUUUGGAUCCGGGUGUUGCUUUCCAGUGUUUCAUAGGUGACUGUAUGAGUACUCGGCUCUGGAACUAGUCCACUUACACCAGAUCUCUUCAGAUGAUUCUGGUGUUCUGCGCUGGUGCACAUGUUUAGUCAUUUGUGACCUUUCUGCUUGUCGUACACAGAAAAUCCUGGUCUGCUCCAAAGCCGUUCUUCUGGGCGGAAUUCUUUACACACUGCUGCCUGCUGUUUCCCGUGGAGAUCAUGAAACGACGUCGGCUUCCUAGCAGCAGUGAGAAUUCUGACGACAAUGGCAGUCUGUCCACCUGGUCCCAGCAUUCCAGAUCUCGCCGUCGGAGGACUUCAUGUUCCAGACAAGAAGAUAGAAAACCGUCUGAGGUGUUCAGAACGGACCUGAUCACUGCCAUGAAGUUACAUGACUCCUUCCAGCUGAACCCUGAUGAAUACUAUGUGCUGGCAGACCCCUGGAGGCAGGAGUGGGAAAAGGGAGUGCAGGUGCCAGUUAGCCCAGGGACCAUCCCAGAACCAGUAGCCAGGAUUGUGUCUGAGACAAAAGCUGUCACAUUUACACGUCCCCGGAAGUAUAUUUCUUCAUCAGGCUCAAAGCCUCCGGAACUGGGUUAUGUUGACAUUCGAACCUUAGCAGACAGCGUGUGCCGUUACGACCUCAGUGAUGUGGAUGUAGCAUGGCUGCAACUUGCCAAUGAAGAAUUCAAAGAAAUGGGGAUGCCUGAGCUGGAUGAGUAUACAAUGGAAAGGGUCAUAGAAGAGUUUGAACAACGAUGCUAUGAUAACAUGAAUCAUGCUAUUGAGACAGAAGAAGGACUCGGGAUUGAAUAUGAUGAAGAUGUUGUCUGUGAUGUCUGUCAGUCUCCAGACGGAGAAGAUGGCAAUGAAAUGGUGUUUUGUGACAAAUGCAAUAUUUGUGUACACCAGGCCUGUUACGGUAUCCUGAAGGUGCCAGAAGGCAGCUGGCUUUGCAGGACCUGCGCCCUUGGUGUUCAGCCCAAGUGCUUGCUGUGUCCCAAGAAGGGUGGUGCCAUGAAGCCGACCCGCAGCGGCACCAAGUGGGUUCAUGUUAGCUGUGCUCUAUGGAUUCCAGAGGUUAGCAUUGGAAGCCCAGAGAAAAUGGAGCCCAUUACAAAGGUUUCUCACAUUCCUAGCAGUAGAUGGGCACUGGUGUGCAGCCUUUGUAAUGAAAAAGUUGGUGCUUCUAUACAGUGUUCAGUGAAGAACUGUAGAACAGCCUUUCACGUCACUUGUGCGUUUGACCGUGGCUUGGAGAUGAAGACCAUACUGGCGGAAAACGAUGAGGUGAAAUUUAAGUCAUACUGUCCCAAGCACAGCUCCACCAAGAGAGCAGAUGAUGAGACCUUCAGUGAGCACCUGUGUCAAGAGAAUGGGAAUGGGAUUCAGGACAGCUCUCUUCCUGCCCACAUUGACCCUUUCCACAGCAUGGAUCAAAACCAGGAGGAAGCCCACAGAGUCAGUCUCCGCAAGCAGAAGCUCCAGCAGCUGGAGGAUGAGUUCUAUACCUUUGUCGAGUCUCUGGAAGUGGCUAAAGCACUGCGGCUGCCUGAGGAGCUGGUGGGAUUCCUUUACCAGUACUGGAAGCUGAAAAGAAAAGCAAACUUCAAUAAGCCAUUGAUUACCCCAAAGAAGGAUGAGGAGGAUAAUCUGGCCAAACGAGAGCAGGAUGUUCUAUUCAGAAGACUACAGCUCUUCACACAUCUCCGGCAAGAUCUGGAGCGGGUGCGUAAUCUCACUUACAUGGUGACUCGAAGGGAAAAAAUCAAGAGAUCUGUUUGCAAAGUCCAAGAACAGAUAUUUAACAUCUACGCAAAACAGUUGGAACAAGAAAGAGUUUCAGGUGUGCCUUCUUCAUUCUCCGCAAUGGAAAACGCAGUGUUGUUCAAUAGUCCAUCUUUGGGUCCCAAUGCCCCUAAGAUAGAGGAUUUGAAAUGGCAUUCAGCAUUCUUCAGGAAACAAAUGGGCACAUCUCUAACACACUCUUUGAAAAAAUCACACAAAAGAGACAGAGAAAGUAAUAGCUCUGGGAAUAGUAGCAAGUCCACGCUGAGGCAGCCCAGCCAAAGGGGAGAUGGUGCAGCUCCAGGAAGCUUUUUAAAUUUUGACAAGAGCUUUGCAGAAACACGGAUUGUAUCAGCACAGCAGAAAAAUGGCAUAGUUAUGCCAGACCACAGAAAAAGAAGAGACAAUCUUCCGCAAUGCGAGGUAAUCAAGACAGAACUAAAGGAAAAAACUUCUAAACACAACCACAAACCACUGAGACCUGCAGAACUCUCUCAGAGGCAAUCAGAAAAUAAAAGGGCUGUAAACCACUCCAGUGGUAGGUCAGCACCUGGCACGCGGAGGGAUAUAGUGCCUAAAUGCAAUGGGGGUCUUGUCAAAAUAAACUCCAAUCAGACAGUAGUUAAAGUGCCUACGACGCCCACAAGCCCAGUGAAAAACUGGGGCGGAUUCCGAAUUCCAAAGAAGGGGGAGAGGCAACAGCAAAGCGAGAGCCCGGAGGAGACCUGCCGCCAGAACUCUGGUUACCCCUACCUGGGCGUGGGCAGAGUUUCACCGAAGGAUAGGGCAAAAAGCAAACUGAAGCCUGACAGCGAGAAUGAUGGGUACAUCCCUGAUGCUGAAAUGAGCGACUCAGAAACCGAAGUAGCUGAAAAGAAGUGCAGACAGCAGAGGCUCAGCCCAAACAGCACUAUCAGCAGAAGGACGGACAUUAUUAGGAGGAGCAUCCUGGCAUCCUGACCGGGCAACGGGGCACCGUGGUCAGUAGUCACUGCCUACAAAUCAACUUCACUUUAUUUAUUGGUGUGAGAGGGGAGAGUUCUUAGACGUGGCUACAGACCGACAAAUAGAUAACCCAUUAUUCCUGAGCUGUAUAAACAUGUUUACAUACACUUAAAGCUGGAUUUUUUUGUCCCCCCAACCCAUUCCGUGACAAGUUUGAAUCCCCUUUAUUUGCAACUUCCCUGAGUAAGCAGAGAAUUGGCAUCACUACUAAAACAGGAUUUGUGAUGAACACUAAAGUAAGUCACAAAAUCAUCUAGGGGGCUAGGGUGGGUAGGGGGAAUUAGGCAGCAUCAUCCCUUUUCACUAAACUGCACUGUUGAAAUUCUCUUCCCUUCCCCUGCUUUCUGGAAAAGCACAAGCUCUUAAAUUAACUAGUGUAUAUUGAAUCAAAGAUGGUUAUUUGUUUAACCAUAUUGCACUGCUACACCCUGCUACGAAAGGUCACUUGCCUUGGAUGGUGGUAGGUCUUUGUCCUCUUUUUGCAGAAUGUUUGUUGUUGCAUUCGAUUUGAGCACAAGCGGCAGCUUAAAACCCUCCGUAAGCUCCAGAGUUGAUGUGGAAGUACAAGCCCGAGAUGGUAAACUGGAAAAAAAAAAGGCUGCAGCUGCCUUACACUGCAACAGCUUAAAAAUACUCAGGCUGCGUGUGGAGAAAAGUCUCCAGCGGCUUAGUUCUGAGAAAGGGGCCAGGCUCGCAGGUUACUGUGCCCCGUGGAAUAACCCAUGAGCAUUUCAUUACCUGCCUCCCAAACACCUUGACAAUUCAAGCAAAAAAAUGCUAAGGCACUAGUCAGUAGGAUUUCCCAAAGCCCACUGCAUAUGCACUAAUGGUAACGUAUUGGGAAAGCCCGGCUUAUGACACUAAAGAGUUAGCUUAAAAUGGACAUAAGUAUAUAUUUUUAAAUAAAAUGGAGAGGCAAUAAAUUGUGAUUAGUUCUUUACAGUCAAAUGAAGAAAAGUUAUUCUAUUCUGGACUAGAUUUGAUGGAAGAGGGAACUCGUAUGCAUACUUUUUUAAUAAUUACAACUGGCAAUAACAAGGAAGCUAUGAGCAAUAAUAUUAACAGUUCAUUAUGAUACUUUUUUUGUACCGAGUAGAGUGCACAUUUAACAGUGGAUUGUUAGGAGCCUGUAAAUUUUGGAAUUCUGCGUAGAUUUAAGUUAGGUAUGCACUGGUUAAAAGAAGGUUUCAGCUGCAAUGUGUUAGAGAAACACAGGCAUAAAGAAGAACAGCCCAGCCUGCUGUUAACCACGCUCACUUGCAUUUUAUUGUUAGACCCUUGCCUCUUGAGCAGGGAAGAUUUUAAAAUACAGUAGAACUCUGCUGUAGCUGAGUCUUCCAGAGGAUUCAAUCAAGAAAAGGCUUAGUAACACCCCAUCUUGCUAUGCAAGUUGUAACUUACUUAAAUAUUUCAACAGAAUGUAUCCCUGUCGUUUGUGUUUUUAAACUCAGAAGUCUCGAUCUUUUGAUACCUUUUGGGGUGAUGCUGAGAAAACAAAGUUUUGUUGAACACGGUGUUCUUUUCAAAGACCAUUGCUGGACCCAGGAAUUUGGAUUGACCUCGUGACUUGCACACGUUGAAGCCCAACAGGGCACUGGUGAAUGUGAAAUUACGUAGUUGCUUUUGGGAUGCGUUACAAUAGAAGUACUUAGUGAUCAAAAAGCAGCAGACAGACGGAAGGUAAAUGCAGGUAGCUCUUCUCGACGUACAACAACACAUUUAAGGCAGGCGAUGUUAUUUCAGUAAGAAGCUCUCGACCACGUCGGGAAUUUGUCAAGCCAUAGAUGGAAUAAUCUAAAUUCUGAUUCUAACCUGUAACCUCACGCCAGUUUGAAAGAGGUACCUUGUUAAUUUGCACUAUCACGAUUGCCAAUGUUGUGCAGAAUUAAUGCCUUACCUGUUUUGCUCCCCGAUGUUUAGGUUAAUAAGCUUUCUAAUGUUUCAAGUUACACUGAACCAAAACCAAAAAAGCGCUUCCCCCCCCCCCCCCCCCAAUUCCAGACGCAGUCGGAUGGCUGCAGAAUGGCCAGCUCGGUAGGAUAGUUGUGUCCCCGUGCGCAGCGCUCGGCAGGAGGUGUCAGAGGUACAGCAGUGACAAUACAGCACCCCCCAUCCUCUGUUGGGAUAGAACCAUUUGCUGAAUUUGUGUUUUUAGGCGUUACCUUCCCUCGUGCAGACUGACCGAGAAACUUUUGAUGAUGGUUCGCGCAGUGCGUCAGCCCGUAGGCUAGUUGGACUUCUGUCAAGUCGCCCGGAAUGCCAGUCAUUAGGUUACAAACUCACGUGGAUCUCAAUGAAGGGUUACACGUGCCGUGUAUCGAUCUGAAUUUGGGAAAUUUGAACAAACCGUCGUUACAUUUGUAAAACCGUGUACAGAAGAUUUUUCACUACGUGCCUGGCUUUGGUGUCCAUUCGGCUGAAAUUAACUGAGAAGGUGCAUGAAGAGAAGCAGGUAGAAACAAAAAGUAUAUGUAGAGAUGACUAUUUUAUAUUACAUGGCCCAAUCCUGUAUUUAUUUUCCCCCUUUUUUGAAGUAUUUAUAAAGACCUAGUCGAAGACAGCUGUAUUUUUUGUUAAAAUAUUCGGUAGAAUUGUGCCUUUUUGUCCGUACGUGAAUAAAUGCUGUACAUUUUUGCAA